AUGUUUCUGAGGAAGCUUAGAAUGCACCAAAAAACCUACUCCAGGCGCAAAUCAGUAAUUCCUGACGAGCCAACUAAAAUAAAAGCAAGUGCUGAAGGAACACCUAACAGUUCAAUGGUAAAUUCUGGAAUGGUAUCUUCAAGUAAGAGAGUAUUAACGUCUACUAUUCCUGAGAAAGAAAUACGGGCCGAUAUCCGAAGCUUUUUCGAACCUAUUGAUUCAAUUCCAAAAUUCUCUGAAGAAGCGAAACUAGACAGCUUACCUCAGGUUUCUGCUACAAUACAGAGAAAGCGAAGAUUAAAGUUUGCUGUGCCAGAGAGGCAAGUACAACCUAGUAAAUCCUCAGGAAAACCCAUACCGCACUCAAGGCCGACCCGACAAAGAGUUUUGAAACUAGGAAAAGAUUUCACACAAUGCAAGAUAUGUGGCAUGGUUUAUGCUUUUUGGGAGAAAAAGUCUCACGAACUCUAUCAUAAAAGAUCUAUAAUGGAGUUCAAUCCUCUUAUUAAGUGCGAAAAGGCGACAAUUUAUGGACAAGAAUUCCAAGGUAAAAGGCUUUGCAUCCAAGUACUCAAUCGGAAUACUGAUGCUUCACUUCGGAAAUUUGGAGAGAAGGCCCUACAGUUCUCUUCUGACAACGGGUUGGAAAUGGAGCAAAUAGACCCCGAAGUUCUAUGGGAGCUCACAAGUAAUCCCCAUGAUCCAUGCGAUCCACUCAAGGUCUUUCGCUUCAAGCUCUACACGAUGUUUCAUGACAAUAAACUCGCCGCUCUACUCCUUGCUGAGCGAAUUGGAUAUGGAGUCCACGAACAUGAGAUUAGUAAAUAUAUGGAGGGCGAUAAUCCCUCAAAGCAGGAUCUAUACAUUGAAAGAGCGAAAGGAUAUCCAUCUAAAUGUACCAAACAAAAAGUGUACAUGAGUGUGGAGCGGAUUUGGGUGCAUGAGGGGUAUCAGCGUCAGGGCUUAGCUACCAUGCUUCUCGACCAAGCUCGCCAGAAUUUCUUUUAUCCUCUUUCCCUUGCAAGAAAUGAAGUAGCUAUAUCAUGGCCCACUGAAGCUGGGAAAAGAUUUUUCAGCAGAUAUUUCCGGGGAGCAUUCUCGGAAUCAUUGGAAAAUGCACACUCGUCUUUCUUGGUUAAUUUAAGUGAUACUUCUUCUCUUCUCAAAGAUAAAUAA